GGGGAGAGGCAGCCGCGCAACCCGGCUCCCCGCGCCCUGCUCGCCCGCCGAGCCCAGCGCACCCGCCCGGGCACACGCACCCCGCCCCGGGCGCAGCCCCGCGCGCUCCCCUCGCUGCUCCGCCGGGCGCCCGAGCCGGGCAGAUGCGCCGCCGCGCGUCCACCGCCCCGGGCCCGCCGCUGAGCUCCGCCGCGCGCCAGCGGCUCCUCUCCCGGCCCCCGCUGGGCGCACCCCGGCUCCGGCUCCCGCCUGCUCCUUGGAAUAACCCCUGAGGCUCCGGCCGUCGCCGCAAAGUUUCCCGAGGAGACCCGCCUCCCCGCCGCCGAGCAGGUGAGGAGGCAGAGAGCGGGAGAAGAGGCCCCCUCUUUGGACAGACGAGACCAGAGGUGAAGUAGGAAUAACCCCUCCUCCGGCCUCCCAGCAAGAAAACCUCUGCAAACUCGAGCAGCCAUGCGGGACUGAGCCCCGGCACCCUACAGCAGCUCCCCAAAGCGGGGUGUGUGGGGCCUGACAGCUCCUCGGUGAACAUCUGAACUCCUCAGCAGGGUAAUGGACCCCCUCCUUCCCCCGGAGACACAGCCUGAGUGGCAGGAAUACCGAGCCUUUGGAGAGUGGCUCCCUCUCGGCUCUGUCACGCAAGAACGCUCUCUGCACCGAGCCCAUUCUGCCAAGUGACUUAAAGGGAUUUAAAAAGAGAGAGAGAGAGAGAGAAGAAACAAAAAAACGUUGGUAAAGAAAAGGGGGCUUAAAAGGCAGGCAGCGGCCUUUCAGAGGAGGUGGCAGCCUGCGGACAAAGGGUGAAAGUUGAAAGAGGGGAGGAAGUGGCCAGCGAGAGAGGCCACCCCCCUGGGGCGGUGUGGGGCAUGCCCCGGGAGCAGGGGGCCAGAACACCCUCAGGCCCCACUCCCAAGCCCCUGGGGCCGCCGAGGGUAUCCCUGUGUACCCAUAGCAAAGGCCCCUUGCUCCAGACGGACUAGGGAGCCAAGGAUGCUGCCCGGGACCCACAGCCUCAUCUGAACGGGGAACCUGGAAGACAGGAAAGCACAGGGUCCCCUCCCUGAGCCUCCAGUGUCCCCCACGCUGCCAGUGCAUCCAGGCCUGCGGUCUGCACUCCACACAGCUCUUGGCCUGUCAUGGCUGCAGGGGCAGGAAUGUGAGGGUGACCUGGGCCCACGUGUCCCUCGGAGCGACAUCAGCAACGGCCUCUGGUGCAGCCACUCCAGUGGGACCCUGCAGCUCAAGGGCUGUGGCAGCAAGGAGGUGCCAAGGCUCCACGUCAGGUGGUGUCAGGCUCCCGCAGCCAUCCACCAUGGUGGUAGUACACCCCACCACCACCGCCACUGCCACGCCCACCGCGACCAUCACAGCCACCGUUGUGAUGACCACGGCCACCAUGGACCUACGGGACUGGCUGUUCCUCUGCUAUGGGCUCAUCGCCUUCCUGACGGAGGUUAUCGACAGUACCACGUGCCCCUCUGUGUGCCGCUGUGACAAUGGCUUCAUCUACUGCAACGACCGGGGUCUCACCUCCAUUCCCGCCGACAUCCCUGAUGACGCCACCACCCUUUACCUGCAGAACAACCAGAUCAACAAUGCUGGCAUCCCCCAGGACCUCAAGACCAAGGUCAACGUGCAGGUCAUCUACCUGUAUGAGAACGACCUGGACGAGUUCCCCAUCAACCUGCCACGCUCCCUGCGGGAGCUGCACCUCCAGGACAACAACGUGCGUACCAUUGCCAGGGACUCCCUGGCCCGCAUCCCGCUGCUGGAGAAGCUGCAUCUGGACGACAACUCCGUGUCCACCGUGAGCAUCGAGGAGGACGCCUUCGCGGACAGCAAACAGCUCAAGCUGCUCUUCCUGAGCCGCAACCACCUGAGCAGCAUCCCCCCUGGGCUGCCGAACACACUGGAGGAGCUGCGGCUGGACGACAACCGCAUCUCCACCAUCCCACUGCAUGCCUUCAAGGGCCUGCACAGCCUGCGGCGCCUAGUGCUGGACGGCAACCUGCUGGCCAACCAGCGCAUUGCCGAUGACACCUUCAGCCGCCUGCAGAAUCUCACCGAGCUCUCGCUGGUGCGCAACUCGCUGGCCGCCCCGCCCCUCAAUCUGCCCAGCGCCCACCUGCAGAAGCUGUACCUGCAAGAUAACAUCAUCAGCCACAUCCCCUACAACACUCUGGCCAAGAUGCGGGAGCUAGAGCGGCUGGACCUGUCCAACAACAACCUCACCACGCUGCCCCGUGGCCUGUUUGAUGACCUGGGCAACCUGGCACAGCUGCUGCUCAGAAACAACCCCUGGUUCUGUGGCUGCAACCUCAUGUGGCUGCGGGACUGGGUGAAGGCCCGGGCGGCCGUGGUCAACGUGCGGGGCCUCAUGUGUCAGGGCCCGGAGAAGGUCCGGGGCAUGGCCAUCAAGGACAUCACCAGUGAGAUGGACGAGUGCUUUGAGACAGGGUCGCAGGGUGGUGUAGUCAACACGGCUGCCAAGACCACAGCCAGCAACCAUGCCUCAGCCACCACGCCCCAGGGCUCACUGUUCACCCUCAAGGCCAAGAGACCGGGGCUACGCCUCCCUGAUUCCAACAUCGACUACCCCAUGGCCACGGGCGAUGGCGCCAAGACUCUGGUCAUCCAGGUGAAGCCCCUGACAGCAGACUCCAUCCGAAUCACAUGGAAGGCAACGCUGCCCGCCUCUUCCUUCCGGCUCAGCUGGCUACGCCUGGGCCACAGCCCUGCAGUGGGCUCCAUCACAGAGACCCUGGUGCAGGGGGACAAGACGGAGUACCUGCUCACGGCCCUGGAACCCAAGUCUACCUACAUCAUCUGCAUGGUCACCAUGGAGACUGGCAACACCUACGUAGCCGAUGAGACACCCGUGUGCGCCAAGGCGGAGACGGCCGACAGCUACGGCCCCACCACCACCCUCAACCAGGAGCAGAACGCAGGCCCCAUGGUAGGGCUGCCCCUGGCAGGCAUCAUCGGCGGGGCUGUGGCCCUCGUCUUCCUCUUCCUGGUCCUGGGGGCCAUCUGCUGGUAUGUACACAGGGCUGGGGAGCUGCUGACCCGGGACAGGGCCUAUAACCGGGGCAGCAGGAAAAAGGAUGACUAUAUGGAAUCUGGGACCAAGAAGGAUAACUCUAUCCUGGAGAUCCGAGGCCCUGGGCUGCAGAUGCUGCCCAUCAACCCAUACCGCGCCAAAGAGGAGUACGUGGUCCACACCAUCUUCCCCUCCAAUGGCAGCAGUCUCUGCAAAGGCACGCACACCAUCGGCUACGGCACGACGCGGGGCUACCGGGACGGGGGCAUUCCUGACAUCGACUACUCCUACACAUGACGCCGGCCCCCCAGCCCCAGCCCCCAGCCGCUGUCCCAAGUGGCACCCAGCUCUGCCCAGCCCACUGCCAUCCCAGAGAGCAAGGAAGGGAAACUGAUUCCAUGAUGACUCUCCCAGCAGAAAGCAAAGUUGGAGAAAGGUUGAUGAUUUUCUAGAACAUAUUAGUGGGAGGGGAAAAACUUUUUUUUUUAAGGAAUAGAAGGCAGGAAGAGGAAGCUGAUGUUGUUGGAGACAUAAUUUAUCCCAAGUGAUGCCAACUGGGGAGGGAAGAACUAAAAUAAUACUGAAGGAAGGGUUGGGUUGGGCACUUUUUUCUCCUAAACUGGAAAGAUACUACCUGUACAACGUCCGUGUACACCUCACACUCUGUUUGGGGCCGUCACAAAAAAACCAUCAGAGAAAAGCCACCGACACGAAGGCCCCCCCCCCCAGCAUCCUGCUGCCAGCUGCUCACAGCAAAGAUGCGAUGGAAGGUUUUCAGGUGCCUCACAAAGGAGAGAGGCAAAGAAAAGAUCUUUUGCUAUGGAGCUACUGCCCUGAAACCUCUUCCCUGGUUCUUUCCAUGCCAUUUCCCUGACAGAUUUGCAGAAAGAGAAAAAGUCUUUCAGUGCAUUCUUGGAACAAUUAAUGUAGUCAAUUAAAAAGAAAAAAAAUCGAACUUUUUUUCUUCCUCUGCUGAGCGCUCUCCAGUGCCGCGUGCACCAUCCUCCGUAGAAGCCCAGACGGAAGCCGUAGCUUUCCCUGCCACAUGGAGGUGCGUCUGUCUGCCCGUCUGUCUCUGUGUCCUGUCUCUCAGUGCAGAUGGGUAGAUAGAGCUGAGUACACUGUCCUUACAGCACUCCCUGGGUCAGUUCUUACCAUUUUCUGAGACAAUAGAGUUGAAAAAAAAAAAAAAAACACCAAGGAUUGCUUCCUCCUAGAAAUCACUGAGUGAGUAGCCCACGUGUCAGGGGUGGUAGGGAGUCAGGUGGACGGGGGUGUUGCUGUUCCUGGAGGCAGAGGCCUGCACAUCCCAGGCAAGGUGGCUCAGGGAGGGCCAGAGCUGGGCCACUGUCCUUUCCGAUGCAAGAGAAAAGCUUUCUCUGGACACCCAGGGCCCUCCUUCUUCUCUCCGACAGAUGCAGUCACCACAGUGGGUUUACUUGUGCUUCCUCCUGGAUAGGUAAUUAGUGCAGGGACUUUUUUAUAACCAUAUAUAUGCAUCAGCUGAUUAGACCUUUUGGUUUCCAUGGCUGCUCAAACAAAGCCCAGAAAACGAAAAUUUUCAGAAAAUCCUUGGGAGAGAGCAGCCCUCACACACACACACACACACACACACACACACACACACACACACACACCAGUGUAGAAAACAGCCAUGCCCGCUCCUGAGGAAACUGGAUCGCUUUCUAAAAAUGCCAGCCUCCAAAAGAGUUCCAACCAGGGCCCUCAGAAGAGCUAAGAUUUUAUUUUCUCCCUCUGGAAUCAAUGUCACUAUCAUUUAUCAACUGACAGUGCAGUGUGGCGAGCCAUGAGAUGAAAACGAUGAUGAAAUAAUGAAGCAGAUCUGGAAAGGAGGGAAGUGUGGUGCCUGGGGUUCCGACGGCUGCUGCAUCCUGUACUCCGGGAGCUGGGGGUCACCAUCUGUCAAUGCGUCUCUUGCCCCGCACCAGGAAAAGACGACAUCAAAGCAGAGGCACUGCUCCAAGGGCAGGAGGAUGAGGUCUGCUGCUGGCAGUGGCGUUUUCAAAAAGCCUCUGCCACUUGGACCAAAGCAAAGGCAGGAAGAGGCCGGGCAUCGGUCACAGGGCUGCCUGCAACGUGCCCAAGCGCUGCCCGCCUGUUGGACAUUCAAAGAGCCAACUGACCCUUCAACGAAGAGGUGGGUUGAAAGCAACGCUCCCGCCACUGCUGGGGGGAAAAGCGGAGAGAGGCGCAGGCUUCCAUCAUGGCCUAGGGAUGUCACCAGCAAGGGGGCCCUGGCUCUCCAGCCCCGAGGCAUGGCCAAGGGGUAUGGACACUGCUCAUUCUAAAUGACCUUUUUCCCUUCACCUGCCCGGAUUAUUUUCCCACACAGUGAGGUCCAGAAGAAAUUUUCCCAAGCCUUAAUUUCCAGUCUGUAUCAAUGUGCCCCUCCCCGCCCCUCGCCAGCCGCCUUAGCUGCAGCCCUAUCCCUGGUGGCUCAGGAAGGAGCAGAGGGGACCCUCAUGCAUACCACGGAGACCUGGCAGGAGGAGUGCGCAAGCCGGGGGCACUGGCCAGGGGAUGGAUGUCCCAGCUCUCUGUUGUUUCUAGAGUGAGGUCCCCUCCCUCCAGGGUGCCACUCUAGCCUCUCCAGGUUCCAGAAAGUCAGCCCAGCCUUCCCCCUACCCUAAGGCAUCUUGCCUGCUUCCUCCCACCAGCACACCCUGUCCUCUAGCUCACCUGAGUCCCCCUUCUCCUUUGCUGCCCCAGGGAGCAUCAAGCCAUCCCUUUGGUGGCAAGGAAGGAACUUAGGGACAUCUGGUGCCCUGGACCCUGACUGUGGCCUUGGUGGUGCACUUUCGGGCCCCGUCACACAGCAGGCCCAGGCCCGCAAGAGCGCUGCCAACUGCUCAGGCACAGUGCCCAGGCCGAGCACCGGAUCGCUCCCCCGCAUGGGCUUGUUGCUCUAACAGGGCUCAGCCCAGCUCAGUGAGGGCUGGGAAGCCCAGGUCCUGCCUGUUCCUCAUGGGACCACCCACCCCUCAGCAGUGACUCUGAGCCAGGGAAGGUGAGAACUCUGCCAGCCAGAGGCCUGGGCCCCUCUGCAAGCUCUUCUUGUCUUUUCUGUCUCUCGGCAUCCCAACAUUUAGCAGGGCCCUUCCUGAGAGGAAGCUGCCAAAAUCUGCUUCAUGGUGGCCCCCAAAUCAGGUCGCUCUCUGAAACCCGUGCCCCCCCGGUCCAGCUCCUCCAAGCUAGCCUCUUAACACAAGAGGGAAGCGGUUCAGGGCGCACAACCUCCCCCUCUUAGAAGUGUGCAGAGCCACCAGCCCAGCAGUGAUACCCCCAGGGGCCAUGAAAGCCGCUCUCUGUGCGUGGGGACCCUCCACGUUCCCCCUUGAAGGUCUGCCACCAACCUGACCCUCACAAUCUCUAACCAGCCAGAACAAUCUCAGCGCCCUACACAAUGGUGAGUGUAUUUUGUGGCAUUAAAGGCAGGUUUAAGGUUUAAAAAAAAGAAAAGGCCCGUGACACUUCUUUGGUUAAGUGGUUUUAUCCUUCGUGGUAAUUAGAUGUAGCGAUUGGAAUCUCUUUUCUAUUACAUGGCAAUUUUCCUUUAAAUUUCCUCUUAAAAAAAAAAAAAGGAAAGAAAGAAAAGGCAAAAAAGGGGAGAGAAGGCAGCAGGGCUGUGUGUCAUUUGCAUUUUGCGAAUGAGGCCUCUUGUAAGCUCAGCUCAGGCGUGGGGCCCAACGUAUGGAAUGCUUAAGAGAUUACUAAGAAUAAAAUCUAUUAAUUAGUCAUACUCAAUUCCACAGACAUGAUGUGCAUAAAAGCUCCUUUUCUUCCCUCUUCUGCUUCCCCCUUCUCGCGGAAGCCUCCAUCUUCACUGAAGGGGCUCUGUUUCCUGGCCCGCCUCCAUGUUGACAUGGCGCCCACCCUGCAGGGGCUGGGAGCUGGGGCACCGCUUCUCCUGCACUCUGGCUGACACCCGCAGCGGAAGAGGCAGCCCCUGGGUCUAUGGUGGUGGCAGAGAGGGGCCGGCCUUCCUUCCCAAAAGCCCUUGUCUACCCAGAGGCCCUCUUUCCCUCUCUGCAAGCACCAUAUUCCCAAAGAGGGUGACGGGGACUCAGGAAGUAUGUCUGUCUGUCUAGCAGACACCAGGCCUCUUGUUUCCCCUUGUGUAAAGCAGGGACAUCCUGGGGUGAGCUCUGGUUUCAUCUUGUAAGAAAGCUGGAUGCCUCAGAGGCCAAGGCGAGCCUCCCCUUCCCUGACUCUGGAGGGACAGGUGAGGAAACCCCCGCAGGGCCUGAGACGCCCUGUGCCCAGGCUGGCCUGGCCUGGGCCUCCUCCACCAGCGGCCAGGCAGGAGGGAGCAGAAGUCUGGGACACACUCAGGAUACCAUCCCAUUCCAGCGUCCCAUGAGUGGCAGCUCAAGUCCCAAAGUCAACCCACUCCAGAGAUCUGCUUCCUGCUGAGUGUGCCAGGGAGGAGGAUGGGGCUUCUGAGCCUCUGGCUUAUGAAAAAUACAACAGGAAGAUGGGAUGCUGCAGUUGGGGAGCAGUGGGGCUGUAAGGGAACCAGGAGAGGUGGGGCAGGAAGGUGGGGCUCAGCAGGGUGCAGCAGCCUGUGCCCCCCAGGGCCAGACCAUGCCCUUGACAGCCAGGCCAAAGCUGCAGCCAGCGUGACCUGCAGGGACCCCACAUGCCACAUCCCCUGCUGGCGCUGAAGUGAAGGUGGCCGAUGCCCUGCGCUGGACGGGUGCCAGGGUGAGUGCUAACAAGCAAUUCACAGGCCUUCCAGAAAGCAGAGACAGGAGGCAUUUUUUUUCUUAAGGAGGGAUAAAAAGCCUCAAAAAUGCAAAUCAUUACCAUUUACAACCAAGCGAAUCUGCUAAAUUGAUUAGGAGAGAUUAAACUUCUCAGAGGUGAAGGGAAGGGGGGUUUCUUGUGGUCGGUGGAGCUGCCCCAAGUGGCCAUCCAGACAGCAGGGAUCUCCCAGGCCUGGUUAAGGCUGGGACACCUGUCCUGCAUCUCCCCCUGGGGAGCAGGGGUCUCUGAGGGCUGACACCAGGUGGCCCAGGCCUCUAGGCCAGAACGGGCUGCUGCUCACACAGGCGGACGCUCUGGCCCUGCCCUCCAGAAUCCAUCUGCCUCCAGGAGUGACGAGCCGCCCCUCGGUCAGUGCCAUCACCCAGCCGUAGUGGUGGCGAACCUAUGGCAUACAUGCCACAGAUAGCUGCUGGCUAUCACAGAAAGCUCUAUGAGAUUUGCCAUCACUGAGCAAGUCCGAUACCCACUGUGAGACCUGAGCCUAUGGCCAGGGAAAGGGUAAGCCCAGGGGUGGAGGGAGACUGAAGACAGAGAUGAGAAACCCUGGUCCAUCAAAGGAAUCAGAUGGUGAGCUCCCGCCCUGGGAGCAGCCAAGCUCUAGAUGGGCAUGCGGCAGAUACCUUCCUGCCCAAGCUGAGGUCUUUGACUGAAAGAUCCUGGGUCUCGUCUUUACUUUCUCUCACUGCCCCCAUCCCCACCGAGGAGAGGAGAUAGAGCCACGGGCCGCCCCUUGGCACCCGGGCUGCUUGCUGGUUCUGUUCCCCAAGCCCAGUCUGGCCACAGAUGUAACUGACUCCGCAGCGCAGCACCAAACCUUCCAUCACGACCAGCUGACAGCGCCUGGGGCACUGUUCGCUCCGAGGGUUUUAAGCAUUUACCGAUUCUUUUGAAAUGUUCCAAGUAGUUGCCUGAAAUAUCUACAUUGGCUUCUUUUUAAAAACUGACAAAAAAGAUUGCUUUUGCUCCCCACCCCAUCUUGGCUGUCCCCGCCUCUCUUGGCUUUUUAAUACACGGUGAUUCUGUGCUUUGGGAAAUCCCGUUAUUCCUGUUCUUCCUGGGAAGGCAAUGUGCCCAGAGACCCUGGUAUCACAGCGGUAGAGUCCUGCCACUCUCCCUUUCCCCUGGGACACCACAACCUGGGCUCCGAGAGGCCAUCUCACUGCCCUCCACCCCUUGUCACUCAAGUAUCCAGAGGAGGCACUGGGGGCACUGUGUGCCCCAGUGCCAGGGCCGACCCCCUAUUUCCUACAAGGCCAGUUCCCAAGACACUGAAGCCACGUGGCAGGCAGGGCAGCCUGGCCCUGGCCACCCACCCUAGAGAGUCUUUGCAGGAAGAUCUUUAUUGCCGCCAGCCCUAAAUCUCUUUUAUGGUCAUGGGGGAAGGUCACUCUGGAGAGAUGCAAGUCACUCUGGUCCCUAGACUCGGUGGGCCCCAGGUUUCAGCACCUGCCUCAUCAGGAUCCCUGGGGCCCGGCUCAGCACCUGGUGCACUGGGAUGCAGUCUCUUCUUCCCCAACUGAAUGAGCCACCACCUCCUCUUCCUCACCAGCUGCCUUCUACCCACUGGACUCCAUGCAAAUGGCCUGAGUGUUGGCAACCAACAGCCUUUCAUCCUAUACCUGCCAGGCUUGUGGCCUGGCACAGAGGAGGCUGUUGGGGCACCUUGCCCUCUCGGAAGCAUCCAACUCCGCUUAUACCCACUAUGAGCCUGAUGGGGAAGUGCCGAUUAGGUGAGAUCCCACAUGUGGCCUCAGAGCAAAUGUGUGCCUCAGUUUCCCCUCUCCAAGUCUUGCUUCCAGUGGGUGCAGGGAGCCAGAGAACUGGAGGGCAGCUCCAGAGGACAGCAGGAAGGAAGAUCCCGGAUGAUGCCCAACUUGCCUGAUGUUCCACUAAGAGUCCACAAGCCCAAGCCCAAGACACUUGGAGGAACUUAGCAGCACCCCGCCUCAAGAAAAGCAAACACACCGUGAACCGACAAUCACCAUGGCAGUGCCUCAGGUCACCCCACUGGCGGGGUCAAAGGUUCUGGGCACAGAGGGGAAAGACACACAUCUGUGAGAGUAGCCUUAGAUUCCCCCCGACCCAGCACCACCACCUGCCAGCAGCCUCAGCUGAGAAGCCCACCUGGCGUCCAGGGCAGAGUGUGGGGAAGAUGGCCCUGUGUUUUCCAGCUCACGGAGGAGGCAGACAGCCGUGGGGAGGAAGCCGAGGGCCUGGCACUGGAGCCUUGUCAGUCUCCUGAGAAGGGGAAGCCAGGAGAUGUGGGGAUGGAAGGUUGGGCAGGAGUGGGCAGGCUGGCUGGGCGCAGUGUGCUGGCUCGGUCUGCUGGCUGCAGCCACCAGGCAGGUGUGAGCAGGAAGCCCAAGGGUGAACGACCCCUAGGAGGACCCAGGUCCAAACACCACUGCAGAGUGAAUGUUCCACCUACACCCAACCAGAGUUCCGUCCAGAUGUUCCUAGGGAGUCUGGACUCAUUUGGUCUCAUGAAGCAUCCUGGGGUACAUGCUCAGUAUGACCCCCUUCCCAGCAGUCCAAGGGGGAGGAGGAGGCAGAGUGGAGUCCUUGGCAGGACCACAAUGAAUGGGGUGUUCUUCUGCUUUAGCGGGUAGGGCGCCAGCUCAGCAGAUGACACUGGAGCAUAGAGGGGACAAACCUGGGCUCCCUAGUCUGUGGCCAAGGUGCCUUCUGCUCUCCAAGGGGUCCCUGCCUCAGCACCCUCAGCUCCCUAAAUCCCCUGGCUGUUCCAGCCUGCGGAAUCAGGCCCAUAGGGCCAUGUGGCUGCAAGCGUCUUGUCUCUUUUCCUUCUCUCUGAAGGGCAAUCUUGGGGGGGGCACUGAGUGACGGACCUCCCCCGCUGCUCCUGCCGACAUCUGAGACCAGGCUGGCUCCAUGAGCUGGCUCCUAGGGGCCAACCAAGCCUGGCCUCGUGCCCGCCUGCCGCACUCCCAACCUCACCACCAGACUGGGGUUUUCGGAAAACCAAGACACAAACACCCACCACGACAACAACACAAACCAAAGUGCACUGCGAACCGCCCUUUGGCCUCCUUCUUGUAGGUGCCUUGAAAACUUCACUGUUGAGAUGAAUGUGACUAACUACUUGUUCCUAUUUUCUGUUUGUCUGUUUUCAUAUAAAAUGUCUAAGUCCACCUGCCUUGUCUUUUCUUGAAAUAAACAGAAAGAUUUAACUUUUA